GGGUUCACAGUCGCUCAGCAUGCAGAGGAGGCGGACCCGCCAGGGAGGGAGACACCUGGACCACCGCGCACACGCACCGGAGCCCCGACGCGCACUUAUCGAUCUGCGGGUAUCGAUCAGCGACCAGUGAAGCAUGGGGAACCUCAUCAAGGUGUUAACCAGAGACAUCGACAACAACGGGGGCAACUUCUUCCUGGACUUUGAAAACGCCCAGCCCUCCCAGUCGGAGACGGCCUUGUGGGAGGAGGUGAACGGGACGCUGGAGGAGGCUCAGGUGGUGCUGGAUGAGCUGCAGACGUACAGAGGAGCAGGAGAGGAGAUACGACAGGCCAUCCAGAGUCCUGGUCUGCAGCAGGUCCAGCAGCAGGUCUGGUCCUCUGUGGUUCCCCUGGUGGUUAAACUCAAGACGUUCUACGAGUUCUCUCAGAAACUCGAGUCCAGCCUGCGGCGCCUCCUGGUGGUUCUGACCGCGGGUUCGAGUCCCACUCAGCAGCUGGAACAGAAACAAGCUCUGGCUCGUCAGGUCGCUCACAUCCUUCACUUCACGCUGCGCUUCGACGAGCUCAAGAUGACGAACCCGGCCAUCCAGAACGACUUCAGUUAUUACCGGCGGACCGUCAGCCGGAUGCGCAUCAACAACCUUUCGGCCAACGCAGGAAGUGAGGUCGACAACGAGAUGGCCAAUCGGAUGUCUCUGUUCUACGCCAGCGCCACGCCCAUGCUGAAGACGCUGAGCGACGCCACGUCCCAGUUCGUCUCCGAGAACCCGGACGUCCCGCUGGAGAACACGACCGACUGUCUGAGCACGAUGGCCAGCGUGUGUAAAGUGAUGCUGGAAACACCGGAGUACCGGAGACGCUUCUCCAGUGAGGACACCGUGUUGUUCUGUCUCCGUGUGAUGGUCGGUGUCAUCAUCCUCUACGACCACGUGCACCCAGCUGGAGCCUUUGUGAAGACCUGCAAUAUAGACAUGAAAGGAUGCAUCCGAGUGCUGAAGGAGCAGCCGCCCAGCAGUGUGGAGGGACUACUCAACGCUCUCAGGUAUACCACCAAACACCUGAACGACGAGGCGACCUCCAAGCAGAUCAAAAACAUGCUGCAGCCCAAUUAGCCGACGCCUGCGGAGAGAAACGGUCCAAACUUUCAAAAGACUACUGAACUAAACCUGUAGCUAAUAUGUCUUUGUUUAACCUCAGUUGUUGUUGUUGUUGUUGUUGUUGUUGUUUUACUCUCAUUUAAACAGCUGUUUUUCUUGUUGUAAAAAGAACCCUUUUCGUUGUUUGAUCCCAGAAAAGAUGUAAAGUUGGUUUCCUUCUGUUCACUUUGUUCACACCCAAAGAAACGAGGGAACCCAGGUACCUGGGUAUUUAGAGGAGAGAACCCAGGUAUUUAGAGGAGAGAACCCAGGUACCCGGGUAUUUAGAGGAGAGAACCCAGGUACCCGGGUAUUUAGAGAGAACCCAGGUAUUUAGAGGAGAGAACCCAGGUACCCGGGUAUUUAGAGGAGAGAACCCAGGUACCCAGGUAUUUAGAAGAGAGAACCCAGGUACCCGGGUAUUUAGAGGAGAGAACCCAGGUAUUUAGAGGAGAGAACCCAGGUACCCAGGUAUUGAGAAGAGAGAACCCAGGUACCCAGGUAUUUAGAAGAGAGAACCCAGGUACCCAGGUAUUUAGAGGAGAGAACCCAGGUAUUUAGAGGAGAGAACCCAGGUAUUUAGAGCAGAGAACCCAGGUACCCGGGUAUUUAGAGGAGAGAACCCAGGUACCCAGGUAUUUAGAAGAGAGAACCCAGGUACCCGGGUAUUUAGAGGAGAGAACCCAGGUACCCUGGUAUUUAGAGGAGAGAACCCAGGUACCCGGGUAUUUAGAGAGAACCCAGGUAUUUAGAGGAGAGAACCCAGGUACCCGGGUAUUUAGAGGAGAGAACCCAGGUACCCGGGUAUUUAGAGAGAACCCAGGUAUUUAGAGGAGAGAACCCAGGUACCCAGGUAUUUAGAGGAGAGAACCCAGGUACCCAGGUAUUUAGAAGAGAGAACCCAGGUACCCGGGUAUUUAGAGGAGAGAACCCAGGUAUUGAGAGCAGAGAACCCAGGUAUCCGGGUAUUUAGAGGAGAGAACCCAGGUACCCGGGUAUUUAGAGGAGAGAACCCAGGUAUUUAGAGGAGAGAACCCAGGUACCCGGGUAUUUAGAGGAGAGAACCCAGGUACCCAGGUAUUUAGAAGAGAGAACCCAGGUACCCGGGUAUUUAGAGGAGAGAACCCAGGUAUUGAGAGCAGAGAACCCAGGUAUCCGGGUAUUUAGAGGAGAGAACCCAGGUACCCGGGUAUUUAGAGGAGAGAACCCAGGUAUUUAGAGGAGAGAACCCAGGUACCCGGGUAUUUAGAGGAGAGAACCAUGGUCCGUAAACUUGUUAUUGUUUUAAUAAUUCUGAAAAACAAACGCUCAACGACCGUUAAACGUUUUGUUCUUGGAGCCGGAAGACGAGCUGCUCGGGGAACGCACAUCGUUCUACGGGAAGCGGCGAGGAACAAUUCCCAAAAGACUUCUUCUUCUCUCAAAUCGGAUUUACUUCUGUUCAUGACAAACAGUGGGAAUUAUACAUAUUUAAGCUUGAAGCUUCAUUUAAACUGGAUUUAAGCCUGAUUUAAGUUUGAUGUAAGCCUGAUUUAAACUGGAUUUAAGAUUAAUUUAAUCUGGAUUUAAACUUGAUUUAAGAUUAAUUUAAAUGGGAUUUAAACUGGAUUCAAGCCUGAUUUAAGCUUAAAUCGCGGGCUACUGAGAACAUUUUGGAACGAGGAGAAUCAAACCUCUGACUGAUGUUGAACUGAUCUGACUGUAAAUCUGUUUGCUUUGUGCGUUGAGGCGUCGUCGACGAUACGGCGUCGACUGUUUUAAAUGAUGUUUGUGUCAGCUCAAUAAAGUUUUUACAUUUGCUAAUAAUCUGAUCCUCUGGAGCAAUAAAAAAA